AAAAUUUUUCUAAAAAUAGAGCCCACAAUAGAUUUCCCCCAAAAAGAAAGUGGUACUUUUUUUUCAUUUUCCCGCUCCUCUUCCUUCCCCUUCUCUGCUUUUACUUCUGCCAUCGCCAUCUUCUUCCACCGCCGUCGCCGCUUCUUCCACCGUCGUCGCUGCUUCCACCGCCGCCUUUGCUUCUUCCAUCGCCGCCUCUGCUUCUAAAGAAUGUAGUGUCGAGGUUAGUCCAUCUUGAGUCGCCGCCAUCCACCCACACAACCAGCUGCUUCGAGUUUCCCUAAUUUGAAGAAAUCGUUCAACGAUUCUGCUUAAUUCAAGUUUCCCAGGUGUUGGAUGCUCUUGAAAAUCUUCAUGCUGCUGAUGUUGACCAAAAGCUUCAUGAUGCUGCUGAUGGGAUGGGAUGCUUCAUGAUACAAAAAUCAAUUUUCUGGCAAAGAGGUGCGUUUUCUCAGUCAUGACUUGCAUCAGUUUUGGAAUUGGGCUAACAAAACAGAUGGCAUUGAGACUAAUGAGUGUCUCGAAAACAAUGGUGGAUGCCGGCAGGGCACACAAGCCAACAUCACAACCUACAAGGUAUUCAAUAUUCCGAGGGAGCGGUCUUUCACCUUUGAGGAGAUAGAUGAAGUUCGAGAAAUGUUGGCAAACUUCAUUACCAGUGAUUGUCUUUGAUAUUUUCUUGUGCUGAAUCUUAAAUUAUGGAUGCUAGCUAGUUUUUCAUAUGAUUGUAAUGUAAUCGACUUUUAUAUUUAAAAUUAUAUACUAUUUAAUUUAACGGUUUUUUCAUGAAAUGCCCCUGAGGUUUUAAAAAACGCACCAAAUACCCUCGCCUGUUUCGAUUCACAUAAUAUACCCCUAUUUAUCUGUACUGUUCAUGUCAUGCCCCUGUUAGCUAACGCCGUUAGUCUGCCGUUAGUGGUGUUUUACUUAUUUGCCCUUAAUUUUGGUUUAGCGCCAUUGACUUCCUUCACUUUCACAGAAAGACCAAAAAAAAAAAAAACUGUUCACAUUUUUCUCUUUCUCUCUCCUCUCCCCUGUUCUUCUUCAAGCUCUAAUCCUACUCAAACCCUAGAAAUUCUGGGUAGAUCUUCAAUAUUUUUGUGAAUUUUGCUGCGCACCUUAAAGGCGAGUUCGUGGGUUGUGAUUUUGCUUCAAUCGCGACAAAAAAGGGAGAAACUUGAGGCGAUUUCCAGUUGAGUUAGUGUUGAAGAGGAAACGGGAAUUUAAAGUUGGUUAGUCUACUUCCAGGUAAUAAUCUCUUCUCCUCUGUUUAAUUUUGCUGGUAAACUUGUUUUUUUUUCACGAAAUCGAUUAGGGUUAGGGUUUGUGAAAUUGUCAGUUUUUUUUUUUAAAAUUGCGCAACUUUCUUGUUGGUUAUUGGUCAAUUGUGGUUGUUGGAAUGAAAAUUGAUGUUAGUUUCAUUAUUUUUUCCCUUUAGGAUGAGUGCUAUUUGGUUGUUACUACGUUAUGGGUCACAUAGUUUUGAUAUUAGAGUGGGAGACAUGGAAAAAUAUCGUUUGUUGAAGUUGUUUCUUGAUAUCUUUGAGGAAUCAGUUAAGCAAGAAUGUUUUUUUGCCUAGUACCUUUAGCUUGUAUGUUGAGGGUCCUUGUGGUAAGGUUGAAUUGAAUGAUGAUAAGACUUUAAGGCUUCUGUGGGGAUGGAAUUGGGGUAAAGACACUGCUGAAAUUUGGGUUGAGGGAACAGAUAAACCAGGAUUGGUGUUUAGGAAUGCUGUUGCAACAAUUGAGAAUCAUAGAAAGGAAAAAGAGAGACAACUUAAGGAGAGACAAGAGGAACUGUUGAGGGCUCAAAGAGAGGAGGAAGAGGCAAUGAGGAAACAACAGGAAAGGGAGGACAUUUUGAGGGAAAUACAGGAACAAAUGGAGUACACUGUGGCUAUGGAGGUCCCUGUUGUUGAUUGUGAGGACAUGAAGGUUGAGUAUGUGAGAGUCAUUAGCAAAGAUGAUGCUGAUGAGGUGUUUCCAGGUUGCUCUCAACCAAAACAAACACAAGAAUCCCCAAAGAAACAACCCACCCCACCCAAACACACAAAUCAUGUUGCUUCUAAGUCAAAAGGCAAGGAUAAGCCUGCUUCUAAGAAACUAACCCCCAAAAGGAGGGCAUCAGCUAAACAACCCACCCCACAGAAACAACCCACCCCACCUAAACAACCCACCAAACAACCUACACCACCACCCCCACCACCCCCACCACAGAAAGAACCCACCCAACCAAAACAACAACAACACACACCACCACCAGAACAUCCCACCUCUCCACCACAACAACAACAACACACACCACCACCAGAACAUCCCACCUCUCCACCACAACAUCACACCCCUCCACCACCACCACAAAAUCCCACUCCACCACAGAACAACCAAACUGAUGAGCCUAACAAUCAAGCACCACCUGAUCAAGCUCAGCCAGUGAAAAAGAAGGGGGGCAGAGUUAGACCUGAGGGGUUUAGGGUUAACAAAGUCACUGCUAAGAAGGCUGGAACUUGGGUUUCCAAGGGAAAGGGAAAAGGGAGAAAGGGUACAGGAAGGUCUAAGACACCAGGGGUUUUUGCUGAUGUUGGUGAGAUAUGUUCAGAAGAGGAGAGUGAGGAUUCUGAUUAUGAGGAAUCAGAUUCUGAACAAGAGGAUGUUCUGAAUGAUUGGAUUGAUUCUGAUGUUGAUGAUGAGGUGAUUCCUGAUGAUAUUCCUGAUUUGGGGUUUGAGGAUUGUCUAAAUGGUUCCUCAAAGAUGGAUAAGGCCUAUAAAAAUGGCAAAAUAUGGACUGAUCAACCAUAUGGGUCCAUUAAGUUAGAACCCUGGUUGAUCUUUCAUGAUAAGGCCACAUUUCUUGAAGUGUUGAGAAGUUACUGCAUACAGGAGGGGUUUGGGCUUAGUGUUGAGAGGGCUGAUAAUAGGAGGUACACAGCAGUGUGUGCAGUGGAGUCAUGUGACUGGAGGAUACAUGCCAGUAGGUUGUUUGACAAUGUUAGCUGGGCCAUUAAGGUGAUCAGUGGGUCCCACAGAACUUGUGGGAGGCUUGAGGAGAAUCCAGUAGUGACCUCUGAGUGGUUGUGUAAGCAUAUGUUGGGGGAAAUAGAGGCAAAUCCAGAGAUUCCAGUGGAGACGUUGAGGAGGUAUGCACAGGAGAAGUUUCAGUUGAGGGUGAAAAAGAGGCUAUUGUACAAGGUCAGGAGUAUGGCAAAGGGAAAGCUGCAUGGUGGUUGGGCUGAAGCAUAUGAGCUGUUGCCUAGAUAUACUGAGAGUUGUGACAGUUGGAGCUACUUCAUGAGAUGUUUGAGGCAAAUGUUUGAGCAGGAGGGUUGCAACAGAGAUGAUUGGACCUUCAUCAGUGAUAGGAUGAAGGGUGUUGAGUUGGCAGUUAGAGAAACUUUUCCUAGAGCAAUUAGGAGAGUUUGCUGCCAACACCUAUACAUGAAUUGUAAGAACAAUGGCUUCAGUGGAUCUGCAUUCCACAAGCUAUUUUGGAUAGCUGCUAAUGCAUACAAUGAGUAUGUGUUUGGUAAGGCCAUGGAAAAGAUCAGUGAGUACAAUGCAAAUGCCACUGCAUACUUGAACAGCUGCAUUGAGCAGUGGUCUAGGCAUAAGUUUGACUCUACUGUUUGUUGUGAUCACAACACAACAAACUUUGUGGAGUCAUUCAAUGCAUGCACAAAGCCCUUCAGAGACAUGCCUGUCUUCUCAUUAUUGGAAGCAAUCAGAAGUUGGUGUAUGCAGAGGGUGGGGGCUAGAUUUGACAAGGCAGUUGACAUGGAGGAAGGUCAGCUCACUGCAUAUGCAUUGAAAGAGUUAGAGGAGAGGACAGCUGAGUCCAGGUUAUGUUAUGCCACAGCAUGUGGAGGGGGUGAAUUUGAGGUUAGGGAUGGACAUGUCAACUUCCCAAUUAGGCUUGCAACAAGAAGUUGUGCCUGUGGGAAGUGGCAGAUCUGUGGAAUCCCCUGCAAGCAUGCACUGAGGGUCAUAUAUGACCAAAGGAUGAACCCCCAUGAUUUCAUAUCCCCAUGGUUCAAGGCUGCUGCAUACAAGCUAACCUAUGCAGAACAUAUUCAUCCUAUGGCAGAUCCAUCUCAGUGGCCUGACUUUGGCCUUCCUUCCAUUCAGCCUCCAACCAUCAAAAGACCAUCUGGCAGACCUGCUAAGAAGAGAAAGAGAGGGGCAAAUGAACCAAAGAAAGGGAAAAGGAACACAAAUGUGAAAUGUGGAAAGUGUAGAGAGUUUGGUCACAACUCAAGAACAUGCAAGAGUGGAGGAACAAGUGCCACUGGACCAAGUACUUCAAAGAGUGGUGCAGCAGGAGCAAGUACAUCAAAUGGGGGACCAAACACAAGGAAGAGGUCAAAGGCAGCUGCAUAGUCACCUCAGUUGGCUAUAUUUUGUGAAUUGUAGUGCACAAAGCUAAACUAACUUAGUCAAAUCAGUUUAGUUAGAAUCAGUUUUUGGAAACAGUUGUGCAGAGAUCAUUUUUUGGAAACAGUGAAAUGCUUAGAACACCUCUUUUUGUGCAGUUCAGUGGUGUUUGUCCACUUAAAGUUCAGUUUAUGUAAAGCUUAUUUGCUUGAACAAGUAUUUAUGGAACAAAGUCUCUUUAUUUCAUGAAA